AUGGAGGUUUCUCCAGGUUAUGACAAAGCCACAAAAGGACAGGUUUGCAAGUUGCAGAGGUCACUUUAUGGGUUAAAGCAAGCCGACAGACAGUGGAAUAAGGAAUUGACUGCUACUUUAAUGAGCCAGGGGUUUUCUCAGUCUUCUUUUGAUCAUUGUUUGUUUACUAAAGGCCAUGGUGACUCUUUUAUUGCACUCUUGGUUUAUGUUGAUGAUUGCUUGAUUUCUAGUCCUUCUGCAGAUUUGAUUUCAGACUUAAAAGGUUUUUUAGACAAGAAGUUUACAAUCAAAGAUCUUGGCGAUGUCAAGUAUUUUUUGGGGAUCAAAGUGGCACGUACUGCAGCUGGAAUUUUCCUUACUCAACAUAAAUUUAUCAUGGAUAUUAUUCAUGAUACUGGUUUACACGAUGCCAAGCCCGCGGACAGUCCUUAUAUUCAAGGCAUGAAACUCCGCACAGAUAUGGGACACCCAUUUCAGGAUGUAGGAAGUUACAGGCGUCUUAUCGGACGUUUACUUUAUUUAUCCAUGACUCGGCCUGACAUCAGUUAUGCAGUUCAACAACUUACUCAGUUUAUACAACAUCCUCAUCAAUCUCAUCUCAAGGCUGCUCUUACUAUUGUCAAAUACUUGAAGGGCACUAGUUAUACUGGUUUGUUUUUACCAUCUACGAAUGACUUGAAAAUUCGGGCAUUUUCCGACGCCGAUUGGGCGUCUUGUGUUGAUACUAGAAAGUCCAUUACUGGUUUUUGUAUUUUUUUGGGGACUUCGUUAAUUUCAUGGAAGACUAAGAAGCAAUCGAUAGUUAGUCGGUCCUCGGUGAAAUCCGAAUAUCGGGCCAUGGCUUCCACCGUGUGUGAACUUCAGUGGUUAGUUUCUCUAUUAACUGCUUUUCAACUUCGCAUUGCUAAGCCUAUUCCUCUUCAUUGUGACAAUAAGGCAACCAUACAUAUUGCUGCCAAUCCCGUUUUUCACGAGCGCACUAAACACAUUGACAUAGAUUGUCAUGUGGUUCGGAAUCAAUUGCAAGCUGGCCUUAUUUGCACUCCAUAUCUUCCAUCUUCUAUGCAGCUUGCUGACAUGUUUACUAAAUCCUUGCCUUCCUAUUCUUAUCGAUAG